CCAGAAUCCCUUGCAUUUGGCACUUGGAUUUCAGUGCCUGUGCCAACGUCGCCUCUCGCCUCGCCUGUCUCCAUAACGCCCCGUCAUAGAAUUCGGUCCCGACGCGUCUGAGGGCCUCGCACAGGACCCCACGGACUCGCGACGCCUCCCUCGGGCCCAGAGAGGCGUGGAAGGAGCGCGAAGGAAGCCGCCAGGACCUUCUGCGGGCGAGAGAAAGGAGGCGAGAAAAGGGGAACGUGCAACCUCGUCUCCCCGUCUCCCCUCCCCUCCCGUCCCCGAGCCUGCCUUUCCUCCUCUCCUACCUCCCUCUCCCCUCCCCUCCUCCCCUGGUCCCUCCCACCCCUCCUCUCAUACCCUCCCGCCUCAUUCCCCUUACCCUCCCCUCCCUCCCUCCCUCCCCGCCGUAGCUGUUGACGUUCGAGGCAGGAUCUGAAGGGAGGGAAGAGGGAAGGAAGCGAGCGCCCUGCCCGAGGAGACCCCCAGGAGGCGUCGGAGGCCCUUCCCCAGCGAGAGACAGAGGCCCCAGGAGGCACCAUGGCGACCAUACCCAUCCCAGGGAGCGAGGCCAACAACGGGGCACUGGAGGACGUGGCUCGCUCCCCCGCCCUGCACCCGGACGCCUACGCCGCCCUCAGGAAGGACGAGUGCGAGGGCGUCCCCCUCAACACGCACUGGACCUUCUGGAUUGAUAAAGCUACACGUGGAGCGACAGCAGCAGAAUAUGAAGCUAAUAUGAAGAAAAUUUAUAGCGUAUCUACAGUCCAGAGUUUUUGGUCGGUGUAUAACCAUAUCCCCGAUGUUUCGGAAAUAUCCCUCCGUUACUCUUACCAUCUAAUGCGUGGUGACCGUCGCCCUAUGUGGGAGGAUGAGGGUAACCAGAACGGCGGAACGUGGAGAAUUAAGGUCGCAAAACGAGAUACGUCGCGAGUUUGGAAGGAGCUGUUGUUAGCAGCUAUUGGGGAGCAGUUCGAGGGACACCUUGCUCCAGGGGAUGAAGUGUGUGGAAUCUCAGUAUCAAUUCGAGAUCGCGAUGAUCUGUUGCAAAUCUGGAAUUACGAAAGCUCUUUGACAAACCAGGCAACAGUCAUGAAGAAAGUGCAUAGCUUGGUUCCCGAUGUGGUUUUCAGUGCAGAGUUCUAUAAACCUCAUCAGACCCACCAUGCAUACGAGGGAGAAAAAUCACAGUUAAACAGCAUGAUGAUAACUUCAUGAACCUGGCAAAUUAUAGACCAUGUUCUGCUCACAUAAUAACUUUUAAACUAUUAGUAUUUAGCUUUUCAGUUUUCAACUGCUCAUAAAACAGUAAUUCAUUUAUAUACAUUAUUAGUGAGAUGGGUGUUUUGGGGGAAAAAGUGAAGUUGUGGAAGUGACCGUGAUUUAAUGUUUGAAAAAGCUGUCAGACUGUGGCAAAAUGUCAGGUUUUCUUUAUAUCCAGUUUUAGUGAUAGAUAUGGUCUGAUAUUUCAAACCUAGAGUAGUUUUUAGAUUUUCAACUUUGUAAUAGAGAGGAUAGAGUUUAUAAUAUCUUCCAAGUGAAUGAUUUGACUGCUCUUUGAUGAAAUGAUGAUGCACAAUCAAAAGACACUAUAUUUAAUGUUUUCAAGGCUGUAUAAACCGAAUGAAGUAUUUCACAUACCUUGGGUGUAGUGUUUGAUAUUAUGGUGCAUGUUGUCUUUGCUCUGAAGGUUCAGUAUUUCUGUUGACAAGGUGAAGCAGCAUCACAUCCAGGGAAUGUAUUAUGUUAAUCAAAAAACUAUGCAAAGAAAGUCAUUAUCACCAUAUAGUAGCCAUAUAAUGCAUAACAGUUUACUAUAGAGUAAGAGAAGAAUACAGUUCACCUUUCAGAAAUUAUAGUAAUUUAACUACACUGAACACAGCGCUGAAAUAGUGCGACAUUAAAACAUUUUUUCUGUGAUAUUGAGUAAAAAAUAUUGAAAGGAUCAAGGCAGUUAGGAGAUUUAUAUUAAGACAUUUUAUUCUUACAUACCAGUACACUGGGAAAAACAAAGUCAGCAUAUAUUUUUUAACAUACAGCUCAAUUCUGAUGUUGCAUAAAUCUUGUUUAGCUAGUGUAUAUGAUGUAAUAUUAGAUUUGAUAUUAGAUUGCAAAGACGUUAUCGAUCGAUUCUUGUGUUCAACUGGCCUAAGGGAUCAGACAUGACAGGGAACAGCAAGUUGAUGCUGAUAUUAUUUUAGACAAUAAGGAAAAAAAAUACUUUGAGAUGGCUAGAAGCAAGAAGAAGGUGAACUAUCAAGAAUUACCUUUUCGUAUUACUUGGAGAAUGGUUGUGUUAAGAAAAACAGUUAUUGUGGAUGUUGAAAAGUUGAAUAUGAGCUUGUAUGCAAGAAGGAUAGAUCAGCCCAUUUUAUAUUAGAUCUUCUUCUUCUUCCUCCAGUCGAAUGGACUUAAAUUUUACAGCAACAAGAAAGAAGGAACAUUGAGAAUUUAUGUUGGUAUAAAACAUUUUCAUAUUAGAUUUUUUUUUAAAAUCUAGUUUCUGCCUCUUGACUUUUGUUUUGAGACUUUUAUUAUUGUACAUAGAAUAGACAAUAUGGAACAAAAGAGUUGAAAUUAUUUUUAAAAAUCUAUACUUCAAAUCAUCUUUGUCUUCGCUUCAGGUGUAUAAUAAGCUAAUGUUAGAUUGAUAGAGCCAUGUGAACUGAUCCAAAUAGGUUAAGAAAAAAGAGGAAAAAGUGUCCUUUUACAUAGUGGAUGUUAAUGUUGAUAUAACUGUUGUUGUUGUUGCUAGUUCUUUCGAUUGAAGUAUUCAUGCAAUGGAUGAAAGGAACCAGUAGCGCAAAUGCACAGUUACUGAAUCAGUCUGAUCAUCUUUUAACUCUAGGCCUUUUCGCGUUUGUUUUUGAUUUUUCCGAGGAGUUUUGCCUUGCAGUAAAACCUUCCUUUUGAAACUACUUACGAUGUAGUAUCUUUGUAUUUUUCUGUUUGUAAGGUUUUCUGUUAUACGUGGAUGAGAUGUAUAAACUCUUGUGACAUUUCCGAUAUUUUUUAUGUCAGUUAAUUUUCUUCUCUUUUUUUUUUUUUUUUUAUCAUUAUUAUUAUUAAAAUGUACAACUUAUGCCUAAGUUGCUGUACUUUUAGAAAGAGCAGGAAUUUCUAGGUAAUCCAUCUCUGGAAUUGGUAGAAGUUGAAUUGAUGAAUGACUCUACAAAGGAUAUUGUCCCAUGUUGAUAAUCACUUGCAGAAUGCCUUUUAAGAGGUUUUGCAGUAGCGUUGUUCUGGUCACAUUCAUAGUUAGGUUCAUAUGCUAGAUAAAUCUUCAUACUACUAUUUCUGUGGUAUUGAUACAAUAUGUUUUCAAAUGCUCUUUUCAAAUGCUACUGAUAUACAAGCGCACAAAGUAAUACAUAUAGAGUCAUGUUAUAGUACACUUGCCUACAAGCACAACUAAACACAGGAAGAUAAAACCGUUUGUUACUGAGGAGACACCUCAUUGCUCAACACCUGUUCAUUUUGUAGGAUAUUGUCCAUAAUAAAAUGUAAGUAGCUACAUACUG